ACAACUGAUUUUCGAAAAUGGAGUUUCAGUGACAGUGUGGAUUUUUAGCCAAAAGCGUGCGUUUUGUACAUUUUAUACAAUUUUACCGGGUUACACAUGUUCUAUUGAGUUGAAAGGUGUACAGGUGUGUCUGGUGUAUAUAAUGUUUGUGAACUAGAAUCAAAAUUUGUUGAGAAUUUGUUGGAAUAGACACAAAAAACUAGGAGGAAAAAUGUCACGUCAUAGAAAUGUUAGGUCAAUGGACUACAAGGAGGAAUAUGAGGGCUACGAUGAUGUAUUUGGCCACUCGGUGGACGACGAGGGAUGCAUUUCGCCUACAGAUGCUCAACAGUGGAUCUAUGAUCGUGCCCGCGGGCAGCAAAGUAUUGCGACUUUUAUGGCAUCAAACAGGGAUAUUCAGGAGGAGGAUGAGGGUAGGGAAGAUGAUGAGGAACAUGAGAAGGAACGUAGGGAUUCUGAGAGCUACCAGUUGCCUGAAUUGCCAGAUGACGAAAUGGUAAGAUUGAUGUCGGUGAUGGAUGAGAUUCGGAGUAUUGUGGGGGAUUCUGUGACAGAAAAGAGGCUUGUGGAGACAAUAAUGCGCUUCAAUUACGAUAUGGCACAGUCUCUGGACAGCAUUCUCAAUCCACCAACUACAACUGCAUGUGCCACAGCAACGAAAAUCACCGAAAAGGAAUCGAGCCCAGCCAUUGAAAAAGGCGUGGGCCCAAGGUUGCUGGAGAAGUUUGCAAAGCCCCCAGCAGCACCCACGGUCACUGUGACCCCCACGACGGACAAAGCCAACGUCAAGCGUGGCUUCGAAGUGAAUUCCCCGAAUCUCCAGUCUCCCGUGGUGUCGGGACGCAAUACGCCCGAGAUCGGUGAUGAGGGCAGGACACCGAGUCGUGCUGGUGCCAAAGAAAGCCACCGGAAUGCUCAGGAGAUGUACCAGAAAGAGCGAAAGUCCGGCAAAAGUCACAUUCACAUGGUGGUGAUUGGACAUGUGGAUGCAGGCAAGAGUACACUGAUGGGGCAUCUCCUGUUCGACUUGGGCAAUGUUCCGCAACGCAUGAUGCACAAGUACGAGCAGGAAAGUAAGAAGGUUGGCAAAUCCAGCUUCAUGUAUGCUUGGGUGCUGGAUGAAACGGGUGAAGAGAGAACCAGGGGCAUCACAAUGGACGUUGGCAGCUCGAGAUUUGAAACAGACAACAAAAUUGUGACAUUGUUGGACGCUCCUGGCCAUAAAGACUUUAUUCCAAACAUGAUUUCGGGUGCAACGCAGGCAGAUGUAGCUCUGCUAGUGGUGGAUGCUACAACUGGUGAAUUCGAAACGGGGUUUGAGUCUGGUGGUCAGACGCGAGAACAUGCCCUGCUGGUGAGAUCUUUGGGCGUGAGUCAGCUUGGAGUUGUUGUGAAUAAGCUGGACACGGCAAAUUGGUCUCAGGAGCGCUUCGAUGAGAUAGUCGGGAAGUUGAAGGUAUUCCUGAAGCAGGCAGGCUUCAAGGAGGGCGAUAUCACCUAUAUUCCAUGCUCUGGGCUAACGGGGGAGAACUUGGUGAAGACGCCGACAGAUGAUAAACUUCUCAGCUGGUAUUCUGGACCAACUCUCGUUAAUGUUAUCGAUAAUUUUAAAACACCAGAACGUUCAGUUGAGAAACCCUUCCGGAUGUCUGUGAAUGAUAUUUUCAAGGGUACUGGAUCCGGGCUGUGCAUUUCGGGACGCAUCGAAACGGGUGUUGUUUGUCUCAAUGACAAAAUUCUUGUGUGUCCAUUGAGGGAACAGGCUCAAGUGAAGGGAAUUCAGAUUGAUGAGGUGUCUCAUAAUUCUGGCUUUGCUGGUGAUCAGGUGAGCAUCACGCUGUCUGGGGCAGAUAUAUCAAACAUUUCAGUGGGUCAUAUGCUCUGCGAUAUGGCAAAUCCUGUGCCAGUGGCGCAGAGAAUUCGUGCUAGAAUUGUCGUCUUCAAUGUACGUGUGCCCAUUACCAUUGGCUUUCCGGUUCUGUUGCACCAUCAGUCAUCUAUUGAGCCGGCCAGCAUCGUAAAGCUGAAGGCUCAGCUGCAUAAGGGAUCUGGAGAGGUGAUCAAGAAAAAUCCUAGAUGUUUGGGCAAUAAUUCUUGCGCUCUCGUCGAGAUUGAGACUAUAAAGGCCAUUUGUGUGGAGAAAUACUCAGAUAUCAAGGAGCUUGGCCGGAUCAUGCUCCGAGUGGGUGGAGUCACCAUUGCUGCAGGUCUCAUCACAGACAUUGUUAAAUGAUUUGUCCGGUUUUUUUUUGGACCAAUAAAAGGGCGAGUCCCGAAGAA